GUUGCGCUGCCCCGGGGCGGGCGGCCUUGAGGGCAUUGGCCGGUGCUUAGGGAUAAUAAAGUUUAUAGCACACAGCUGGCACACGGCUGUUAAUCCCCGACGAUACACAGUGUCCCAAGACGAGCUGUAAACGUGGGCUGUGGCUGCCAGCGGGCGCUGCGCCGAUCGCCCCGAGCAGCUCUCGGCCUUGGCCCUGCAGAGAACUGCCUUAUUUCUGGCACAGGCAGCAACUGCUCGGCUCCACAUAAAGCCGAUUCCUCCCCCCGAGCCGGCCCGGCCCGCUUUCCUCGUUGUGCGAUGCCGGAGGUGGUUUAAGAUGGUCGUAAAGCAGCGGAGGGGCGCCCAACAUGGCGGCAGCGGCCGGGGGCGCUCAAAAUGGCGGCGGGGGGCGGCCAAGAUGGCGGCGGGCGGCCCCCGGGGUGUCCCCAGCGGGGCGGCGACCGGGAACCCGAGCGGGAGGAACAGCAGAAGUAGUCUUUGGGAAGGUGGGAGGCAGCAUCCUCCUCUUGUGCCGCAAUGUCUCCAAGGAGGCCACUGAGGUGCUGUGGUUCCAAGGGGACCCGCACUCUUUUCCCCCACUCUUCUCCUCGAGGGUCGCCUUCCCCCCAGACAUUCGCUUCUCGCUGGUGGACAACAGCUCCCUGCGCAUCUCGGAGCUGCGGCUGCAGGAUGAGGGCAACUACACGUGUAAGGAAGUGCUGAACAAGACAGACCACGAGCACAGAGUUCAGCUCCUGGUAGCCAAUCCACCACGGUCCACCCCGAAGUGCUGGGCUGAGACCUCCUCCUCAGGGCUGAUGCUGCAGCUGUUUUGCAGCUGGCCCGGGGGGCAUCCCCACCCCACCCUGCACUGGAGAGAAGAGGGGCACGAUCUGGAGAACUCCAGCUGGCUCAUCAGCUCUACGAGCUCCUCAGACACCCACGUGGAAACACUGAACAGCUCUCACCUCUCCCACCGCAAAGUGUUCAAGUGUGUCGGGAGCCACGUUGUCGAGCAAGAGGAGCCCGCAUGCUCUGUGGAGAUAAAAGUCCCUUCGCUGGAGUUGGAGCCCCCAAAGACCUGUUUUGUGGGUGACAACGUGACCCUGACGUGCCGCGUGACCGAGAGCGUGCCUGCAGCAAGACUCACCUGGCUGAGGGGCAUCACCCAGCCAGAGAUCGAACCUGGGGGGAGGUACUUCAUUGCCCAGGAGGGCAACGUGUCCCACCUCACCAUCCAGAACUGCUCCCAGGGCACCGACGGGGGCUGUUACGUCUGCAAGGCACAGAACCCCGUGGGGCUGAGGGAGGUGUUUGUCUGCCUGACAGUGAAGCAACCAACGAACAUAGUUGGAGUUGUGGGUGCUGUGGUGGUCCUGUCCCUGAUGACUGUUCUCACCAUCUCUGGGGUUGUCUUGUACUACAAUCCUCUCUUGUGCCUCAGAGGUGCUGCGUUCAGGAGCCAGGUCUCGGAUGAUGUCUUAGUGCUGGUGGACUCUGAAGAUGAUGAUGAUGAUGAGGGGAAUGGGGAAGAGGACACGAUGGGCAGCUCCACCAAGCACGAGGUGAUGGCGCUGGUCAAUGGGAACAGCAUCCAGGCUGCGUAUCUCAACUGCCCAGCAGAAGGUGAUGAGGGCAAGCAGCACAGCGGGGUCCCUCUUCAGAAGACAAGUGGAGAAGACACACAAGCCACAUAAAUAACACCCAUUCCUUGUGGAAUGGCACCAAACGUCCUCAUCACCGCGUGGCUGAUUGCAGGCUGUUCAUGUCCUGCAGCCAUCUGGUUCAGCCAAAGCACCUCGCUUCCUUCUCCACUCCACCUUCCCCAGCUUUCACUCCACCCUUCCAGCCUGAUUUCUCCCCUUCUCUCUUUUCCUGUUCCUCUUUGUCUCAGAUACCCUCCUUAACAAGGUGGCACCCAGCACAGGCGUAGAGCUCGGCAGAUAGGUGCCAGGGGCCUGUUGUUCAGGUCAGCCUUGGGUACGGUAUGGGGGUUUGGGCUCCAUCACUGCCAGCAGUGCCAGAGCACAAUGGAGGACCUUGCCUUGGGGGGGUGAUGGAAGAAACAGCUGGUGGAUGGGGCAGGAUUGGAGGGGGGGGGGGGAAUGCUGACUCUUCAAGGAGGCUUAAUUGUUUUUAUUAUAAAUAAUUGUUUUUAUCCCAA